UUCAUUUACACCCGUAUCGGUUUCUCAGUAUAAUAAUCUCUCAUCUCUCACGUUUGUCAGCUAAGCUCCCACAGUCGCGCGAGGCCGAGUCCGAGUGAGGAAGACCACCACUGACAACCCCAAGACACCAACCUCAUUGACCACAAUUGCAGCGAGAAAUCCCCAGAAUGGCAACUGAAAUGAAGGCCACAAAGGGCGGCGAGGUGCUAAUAGAUAUGGACGCGGCAAGGAGGUACUUGGAGAAGGAAGGUGAAACUGCAGCCUCCAUGGAUACGCUGCCGGAUAAGUUCUUUGAGCCUUUUAUCAUGAAGGGCAUUCAAGUUGAUCGCAUUGAACGCGGCACAAUUGUCUGCACCUUUAAAGUGCCCCCAAGGUUGCUGAACGGGGGUGGUUUCCUGCACGGGGGAGCCACAGCAACCCUUGUGGAUUUGAUCGGGUCGGCUGCAAUCUUUACUGUUGGAGCUCCCACUGUUGGAGUGUCAGUGGAGAUCAAUAUUUCGUACUUGGAUUCUGCAUAUGCUGGGGAAGAAAUUGAGAUUGAGGCCAAGACUUUGAGGGUUGGGAAAGCUGUUGCUGUUGUUAGUGUUGAGUUCAGGAAGAAGACAGGGAAGAUCAUUGCUCAGGGCCGCCAUACCAAGUACCUUGCCCUCGCUAGCAAACUGUGAGUGGUGUUGAAAAUUAGAACCUAUGCAUAAUUCAGUCAGAGCAUGUGAAUUGAACUGAAGGCAAUGUUCAUUCAAACUGCUCCUUGCUUUGUAUCAAACAGCUUCAAAUUAAUAAUAGCCCCGUAUAAAAUA